AUGGUGCAACCUAAUCCUAACCUAACCUAUAGUUAUCUUUUAUCAUCUGCAUUGAUAAAAGAAUUGUUUGAUUAUCAUCUUGUAUUGUAUGUUUUAAGAUCAAAAUUCCUUAAACAUACAAUGGAUACCACACCACCAACAACACCAACGAAUACGCUUGAUACUCAAUAUCAGCCAAUGCUAAUCUCAACAUCAUCGACAACAUCGUUAAAUGUGAUUCCCGCAAUUCAGACUGCUAAAAAAUCAACACCAGACUUCCAAUUAUAUCAUGAUAAGUUUAUUCAAACAUUUGAACAAUGGCAAGAUUUUGAACAAAUUAAAUUUGUUGAAACAUUACUUAAACAUAUGUCACAUUAUCAACAUGGACAAGUUAAUUCUUAUCUAUUACCAAUGUUACAACGUGAUUUUGUUGGACAAUUAGCAGCUCGAGGUCUUGAACAUAUUGCCGAAAAAAUUUUAACUUACUUAGAUGAUACUGCGUUAUCAGCAACAGAAUUAGUAUGUCGAGAAUGGUAUCAUGUUGUUUCAGAAGGUAUGUUGUGGAAAAAAUUAAUUGAACGAAAAGUUCAAAAUGAUUCAUUAUGGCGGGGUUUAUCCGGGCGUCGUGGUUGGUCACAUUAUUUAUUUCGUCAAAUGUUACAAAAUGGUGGACAACAAAAAAAGCAUGAAUUUUAUCGUCAUUUAUAUCCACAAAUAUGUAAAGAUAUUGAAAAACUUGAAUCAAAUUGGCGUACUGGAACAUUUACAUUACAUAAAAUUCAAUGUCGUUCACAAAAUAGUAAAGGUGUCUAUUGUUUACAGUAUGAUGAUGAAAAAAUUAUUAGUGGAUUGAGAGAUAAUACAAUUAAAAUAUGGGACCGAAAAACAUCAGAAUGUACAAAAGUUUUAACCGGUCACAAUGGUAGUGUAUUGUGUUUACAGUAUGAUGAAAAAGUGAUUAUAACCGGUUCAAGUGAUUCAACAAUACGUGUAUGGAAUGUGAAAACGGGUGAACUGUUAAAUACAUUAUUACAUCAUUGUGAAGCUGUUUUACAUUUACGAUUUAUGGAUGGAACGAUGGUAACAUGUUCAAAGGAUCGAAGUAUAGCUGUUUGGGAAAUGGUAUCACCCACAGAUAUUACCAUUCGUCGAGUUCUUGUUGGACAUCGAGCAGCUGUGAAUGUUGUCGAUUUUGAUGAUAAAUAUAUUGUUAGUGCAAGUGGAGACCGUACAAUCAAAGUGUGGGAUACAACAUCGUGUGAAUUUGUUCGAACGUUAUUGGGCCAUAAGCGUGGCAUAGCCUGUUUGCAAUAUCGUGAUAAAAUUGUUGUUAGUGGUAGUUCAGAUAAUCACAUUCGUAUAUGGGAUAUUGAUUGUGGUGCAUGUUUACGAAUAUUAGAAGGCCAUGACGAAUUAGUACGUUGUAUUCGAUUUGAUUCAAAACGUAUUGUUAGUGGAGCAUAUGAUGGUAAAAUAAAAAUAUGGGAUUUACAACAAGCACUCGAUCCAAGAUCAUCAACACAAUCUUUAUGUAUUCGAACAUUAACCGAACAUUCAGGACGCGUAUUUCGCUUACAAUUUGAUGAAUUUCAAAUAGUCAGUAGCUCCCACGAUGAUAGCAUUUUACAAUUUAAUUUUUUAACAAACAAUAAUAAUAAUGAUCAGUAA